CUCGAAUAGCCUCGCGUUCGCGUUAACGUAUGCUCUCCAGGCCAUCCUGUCCGGCUUGGUUAUCUUGUGUGCUCCGUCCUUACCAAGAUAACAUAUAUCUGUCGCUAUAUUAUCAGGCUUCUUGCGGGCCUUUUUUGAUGCCUCUUUUCUUGUGAUGACCGUCAUUUUCUUCUCGUUAGUUUGACCUGCUCGCCAUCCUUCUGGUGAUCUUUGUUCUUCGCACGUUCUGUUGCGCAAGUCGCAAUUAGCCAUUAAAGUGCUUCCUUGCCUUGAGCAGGAAUCACAACUUUCAUUUUUCGACUCUGAUCUUGCAGGCAAGACACAGUCUCAUUCUCUACCUCUACAUUCUCGGCUGUCAAGUCCUCCUAUAUCUGUCGCUUGCUCUCCACUCUUGUUUGUCGAUGAUCUUAGGUUACUGCUCAACGUGAACAGCAGUGAAAUAUUCUCGCACGGAUUUAAAUCAAGACCAAUCCCGAAAUCGUCUUCAUGUCAAGGCUGAAUUGAGCAAUCGGUACUGCAACCCAAGUCUUACAACAGUUCGAACAUAGCGGGACGAGAACACAGCGACAAGCCAUAUCUGGAUUCGAAACUUCCUCCUUUGAGAACCUUCGUGACCCUUUCCGGAAAUGGCGUCGAUGCAACUGGUGUUCUUCGUUGCCUUCGCAGCAACGUCACGGGCGCAAUCUUCAGCCGCUCCCGCGGCUGCUCAAGGCUCAGCGGCUCCGCAGACCGCAGGCCAAGCCAGUUCUGCUGAAAAGGAGACCAACCCAGAGGCUCUCAACUGGUUUCUGAUCAAAGGACUUCUCUGGGCUUGGAUCGGCCUCGUUGGCGGCACCAUGAUCUACUGCUUCUUCCUUCAUUGCCUUGCCCUCGCUCGCACCUUAGCCUGUCUGAACAAUGAGAAGCAGAAGUAUUUCUCCUGGCCUCUGCCUACUCAUAGCGCCUUUAGAAAAUAUCUUGUGGAUGCUCCUCUAUUCCGCAAGCGCCAUCAUCGCGAAUUUAGGUUGUCAUCAGCCAUCAACGUGGGCACGCUGCCCAGUCGAGCUCAGACACUCUUCCUUGUCCUUUAUGUGGCAACCAGCAUCUUCCUGACCUUGUUCGACAUCGAUUUCGGCGCACCAUCUUCCCAAAUUUACUCAAUGUUGGUCAACAGAACGGGUAUGAUGGCUAUCAUGAACAUGGUGCCGUUGUUUCUUCUCGCCGGUCGCAACAACCCCCUGAUCACGCUGACCGGAAUCACAUUUGACACGUACAACUUGAUCCAUCGAUGGCUAGGCAGGAUUGUCGUCACAGAAGCAGUCCUGCAUGGCACAUUCUGGAUCGUCAACAAGGUACAGACAAAAGGAUUUGCGGCUUUUCAAGCAACGCUUGCCAACAGCGAGUUUAUACUUUCGGGCUUCAUCGGAGCGGUCGCAUUUGCAGCCAUCCUUGUUCAAUCGCCCAGUGCUCUUCGUCAUGCUUUCUACGAAACUUUCCUCGUUGGGCAUCAGCUCCUUGCUGCUCUGGCAGUAGCCGCCGUGUGGGUUCAUCUUAAGGAACCUGACUACUACUAUCAACACGCCAUUAUUAAAGGUGUGGUCGCUAUUUGGGCAGCAGAGCGGGGGAUCCGGCUCGCUCGCCUACUUUACGGAAACUUAGGCCGCGGAGGUACUACCGCAGAGGUUGAAGCUCUACCGGGUGAAGCUGUCCGCGUUACCGUGAAGAUGGCACGUCCCUGGCGGUUCAGGACAGGUGCACAUGCUUACCUAUACAUGCCUGGAAUUGGCUGGUGGACGUCGCACCCUUUCUCUAUUGCUUGGAGUGAAGAAAUGUCUCAGCGUGUCGAUCAAAAGCGCCUGACCUUGGACCCAGAGAAAGGCUUUGACAUGGAAACCAGCGAGGUCCUUAGAACGGGAGAGCAUUCAAUGUCGUUCAUCAUUCGUCGUCGCACCGGAUUUACUGACAAGCUCUGGAAGAAGGCCGAGCGGACACCCGAGGGCCGCUUCGUGACCAAGUGUUGGCUCGAAGGACCUUAUGGGCAUCAAACUCUCCACUCAUACGGCACGGUGCUACUGUUCGCCGCUGGCGUGGGCAUCACACAUCAAGUCCCGCAUGUGCGUGACCUCGUGGCCGGAUACGCCAACGGAACUGUUGCUGCCCGCAAAGUCACGCUCGUGUGGAUCAUCCAGUCACCCGAGCACCUGGAGUGGAUCCGACCCUGGAUGACCGCCAUCUUAUCGAUGCCGAAGCGCAGAGAGGUGUUGAAGAUCAUGCUUUUUGUAACAAAGCCUAAGAGCACAAAGGAGAUUCAGAGCCCGAGCGCCAGCGUGCAGAUGUUCCCUGGCAAGCCCAACAUCUCGGCACUCGUUGACCAGGAGGUAGCUUCCGCCAUCGGUGCCAUUGGAGUGAGUGUGUGUGGUGUCGGAGCAUUGGCAGACGACGUGAGAAAGUGCUGCAGAUCAUGGAUGACCAGAGCAAAUAUCGAAUUCUCGGAAGAGGCUUUCUCAUGGUGAUUCUCGAAGAACGAGCGGAUUUGGACGGCAGACGAGAAUAAAGCGGCGCACGAUAUAUCAGCACGAGUGAAUCAAAGCGGUUUGAUUAAGGCAAUCAUUACGGAUACAUUUUUCUUUGACGUUAGGGCGACUUCAAUGAGCCAAAGACAUUCCUUCGUUGUACAAAUUUUGAGCUUUUAGAUACGAUGCAGAUCUGCAAAUUCAAUUCCUAUUUUUUUC